AUGGUGUCCCAGAAUUUCGUUCGGUACAUCGGCUACGCCGGCGCCGCUGCGAACUGGCUGAUUCCCAUUGCUGGGAUCAUAAAUCUUCCGACGCGUCCGAUGUCUGAUAUCGAUCCAGUUAUGACAAGCGUUAUGUGCAUCUAUAGCAUGUUCUUUAUGCGGUGGUCUGUCUCUAUUCUCCCGGCGAACUAUCCACUGUUUGCGUGCCACGCGACAAACAGCACGGUGCAAGCUAUCACAUUGGGCCGCUGGUGCUACGGCACCGCAACGCAACCGCGGAAGGUGAUCGCGUAA